UGUCUGCCGCUCCCUGUUAGCGAAAGCUGCUGAGCGGGGAUAAACGGCUAUAUUUUGCCUCGGUUUGAGUUAAAUUAGAAACACAGGCUGUUGUUAAUCUUUGUGGUACGUCUAACAGAGUGGCCAAGGGAAGGUUAGAGCUCUCUCAGGUGUAUACUUGGACGGAAAAGGUUUCGUUUCCCGUCCAGGGGUGUGUGAGUAGUUGUCCUCGUUUGCGUAGUAGUUGUCCUGACUUUUUUCCUGUGGUCUGAAGGAGAUAAAACACAACGGCUGUGAUAAGAUGGCAGACUGUAUCACGAAGGUGGAGCUGACCGUCUCCUGUUCCAACCUCCUGGAUAAAGAUGUUGGAUCCAAGUCUGAUCCUCUGUGUGUGCUGCUGCAGAGCACAGGAGCAGACAGCUGGACUGAGCUGGGUCGUACCGAGCGGUUGAAGAACACCUCCAGUCCGUCGUUCAGUCAGCGUCUCAGGCUGGAUUAUCACUUUGAGACGGUUCAGAACCUGAAGCUGGGGGUCUACGACAUCGACAACUCCACCUCUGACCUCGGCGACGAUGACUACCUGGGAGGGGUUGAGCUGACACUGGGACAGAUAGUUUCCAGUAAAACUGUGACCAGACCUCUGCAGCUGAAGAAGGGCAAACCUGCAGGGAAAGGAACCAUCACAGUCACAGCAGAAGAGAUAAAGGACAACAGAGCCAUUGAGUUGGAGCUGGAGGCCAAAAACCUCGACAAGAAGGAUAUGUUUGGGAAGUCGGACCCAUUCCUGGAGAUUUUCAAACAAGGAGACGAUGGAAAGUGGCAGCUGGUCCACAGAACAGAGGUGGUGAAGAACAAUCUCAAUCCCUCCUGGAAGAAGUUCUGUGUUCCCCUGCAGACGUUCUGCAGCAGUGACCUUGACAGACCGCUGAAGGUGGAUUGCUCUGAUCAUGACAGUGAUGGAUCUCAUGAUCUGAUUGGUUCUUUCACCACUAAAGUCUCUGAGCUGCAGAAAGCUGCGCAUGGUUCACCGGUGGAGUUUGACUGCAUCCACCCUGAGAAACAGAAGAAAAAGAAGAGCUACAAGAACUCUGGCGUCGUCUCUGUGAAGAACUGCAAGCUGGUGACUCAGUACACCUUCCUGGACUAUGUGAUGGGCGGCUGCCAAGUCAACUUCACUGUGGGGAUCGACUUCACCGGCUCUAACGGUGAUCCUCGCUCGCCCAACUCUCUCCACUACAUGAGUCCAGACGGGCUGAAUCAGUACCUGUCUGCUCUGUGGUCUGUGGGUCAGGUGGUCCAGGACUACGACACUGACAAGCUCUUCCCAGCGUUCGGUUUUGGUGCCAAACUCCCCCCAGACUACCAGGCUGCACACCAUGAGUUCGCACUCAACUUCAACCCCACCAACCCCCACUGCCAAGGUAUUCAGGGGAUCGUUGAAGCCUACAGGAUGGUUUUGCCUCAGCUCAGACUGUCUGGACCCACAAACUUCUCUCCCAUCAUCAACCACGUCGCUUCCAUCGCCACUGGAGCUGCGCAGGCCAACACAGCCUCUCAAUACUUCGUCCUCCUCAUCCUCACUGAUGGUGAGAUCACCGACUUCGACCAGACCCGCGACGCCAUCGUUCGGGCGUCACGGCUGCCGCUGUCAGUCAUCAUUGUUGGGGUAGGGCCAGCUGACUUUAAGGCCAUGGAGCUUCUGGAUGGAGACGACGGUGUGCUGAGAUCGACGGUGGGGGAGGCCGUCGCCAGAGACAUCGUCCAGUUUGUCCCGUACAGACAGUUCAAAGAUGCUCCCAUGUCGGCUCUGGCUCAGUCUGUCCUCGCUGAAGUUCCCAACCAGCUGGUCUCUUAUUUCAAAAUGAGAGGCCUUGAACCACCCAAGCCUAAAGCCACCGCCAAAUCUUAAACCCAACCCCCCUGCAAUCCCCAGAACCCCCCCCCCCCCACCUCCCAAAAGCUGAAUGCCCACAUUCCAGGCCCAGAUCACCAUGACCACUCUUCAGGGACCAGCCUAAUUUGUUGCUCGAAUCUCAAGCCAAUCAUAAUGCACCAUUCGGCUGUCAGCCAAUUAGGAUGCCAGGGGCAACCCUCCCCAGUUUUCUUUUUCUAAAAUCCAAUAUAAUCACAUUUUACUCUCUGAUGAUAAUGUAGUAUAGAUUAUAGAUUAUUGAUGCCUUCUGCUGCUUCCAUGCUAACUAUGCAGAUCACAUGUUUGCCAACAUGUAUAAAAAUCACAAAGCCACAUACACACACAGAAAAAGUUUCAGCUGUUGCCAUUUUUGGCUCCAUGUUCUCCAUUAUUCUUGCCAUAGUGACAGUAGAAGUUCACUGAUCUGCUGAGAGAUGAACUUGGGUAAAACACUGAAUUGAUUUUAUAUUUGCAAAGAGAA